AUGAUGACAGUAGACCCAAUACAAGAUCUACGCAAUAUCUGUUUACAGAUAUUGCAAUCGGUUAAUUCUAAUACUCUAUUGGAAGAAGAAACAUGGGAUUACAACACGUUGAUCAACAACAUAGAUUUACCCAAACAGACUAGAGAAGCACUUCGCAGAAGUGCUUCUCAAUACCUGCUGUAUUGUCAAAGAAAAAAUAAAACAUAUACAACUAGGAAGCCUCUACCAGCAAAGGCCAAGCUACAAUUAGUUGAAACAUUUUCCAAGAAACGGUACCUGACUAGAUGUGAAAAACAUCAGUUGGCGGUUCAAUGUGGGAUCACCACCAAUCAAGUUCAAAUUUGGUUUGCAAAUAGGCGCAAGAGAUCGAAAGAUCUAAACAAUCGUGACUAG